AUGGCAACUGGCCCCCAGAGAGCACCGGUCUUCCUGCAGCUCCGAGACUGCGGAGGGCUGCGGGAGGUGGAGGUGACGGCGUGCCUGGUGUGGAAGGACUGGCCUCACCGAGUCCACCCCCACAGCCUCGUGGGGAAAGAUUGCACUGAUGGAGUCUGCAGGGUGCGGCUCCGGCCCCACGUCAGCCCCCGGCACAGCUUUAACAACCUGGGCAUCCAGUGUGUGAGAAAGAAGGAGAUUGAGGCCGCCAUUGAGCGCAAGAUCCAACUGGGCAUCGACCCUUACAACGCCGGGUCCCUGAAGAACCAUCAGGAGGUGGACAUGAACGUCGUGAGGAUCUGCUUCCAGGCCUUGUAUCGAGACCAGCAGGGACAGAUGUGCCGGAUGGACCCUGUGCUCUCUGAGCCUGUCUAUGACAAGAAGUCCACAAACACAUCAGAGCUGCGGAUCUGCCGGAUCAACAAGGAGAGCGGGCCAUGCACAGGUGGUGAGGAGCUCUACCUGCUGUGCGACAAGGUGCAGAAAGAGGACAUAUCGGUGGUAUUCAGCACGGCCUCCUGGGAAGGCCGGGCCGACUUUUCCCAGGCCGAUGUGCACCGUCAGAUUGCCAUCGUGUUCAAGACGCCACCCUACGAGGACCUGGAGAUCACCGAACCCGUGACGGUCAACGUCUUCCUGCAGCGGCUCACCGACGGGGUCUGCAGCGAGCCACUGCCCUUCACCUACCUGCCUCGGGACCACGACAGCUACGGCGUGGACAAGAAGCGGAAACGAGGGAUGCCUGAUGUCCUUGGGGAGCUGAACAGCUCUGACCCUCAUGGCAUUGAGAGCAAACGGCGGAAGAAAAAGCCGGCCUUCCUGGACCACUUCCUGCCCAGCCAUGGCUCAGGCACCUUCCUCCCGUCCUCAGCCCUGCUGCCGGACACAGAUUUCUUCCCCGGCCCAGUGUCCUUGCCCGGCCUGGAGCCCCCGACCGGGCCGGACCUCCUGGACGACAGCUUUGCCUACGACCCCACGCCGCCCACGCUUUUCACCAUGCUGGACCUGCUGCCCCCGGCGCCGCCACUCGCCAGUGCUGUCCCGGGCAGCGGGGGCGCGGGGGCUGCGGUCGGGGAGUCCCCCGGCCCCGAGCCGCUGACGCUGGACUCGUACCAGGCCUCGGGCCCUGGGGAUGGGGUCACCGCCAGCCUCGUGGGCAGCAACAUGUUCCCCAACCAGUACCGCGAGGCGGCCUUUGGGGGUGGCCUCCUGUCCCCUGGGCCUGAGGCCACGUAGCCCCCGGGGCGCUGGCGGAGCAGACGCACUGGGUGGGGAGGGUGGUGGAGAGGCCGGCGUCCAGCCGCGCCCCAGGCUGCCCUGGGACAGUUGGCCAACCUCCUUGUCCUAUCUGAAUCGGACAUCUUCAGCGCGUGGCAAGGAGCCCUGGUCUGGAGCACGGGGGUCUUCUUGAGCCCAUUCUACAAAUGAGAAAACUGAGUCCGGUGAGGAAAAAGGACCUGCUCCCUGUCCCACUGGCUUGUUAAAGCUGCCUUGUCCCCCACACGUGGGGACACCUUCUCCAGCCGGAUUGGGAGGAGGGGGCAGAUCCCUGGCUCUCUUUCCCCAGGCCUGAAGGUGGAGGGGGUGGGUAGGUUGUUUGUUCAAAGUCUUCCCAAUAA